ACCUCGUCGCCUUUCUGUCUCUCGACGUUCUUCGAGCCAAAGGUAAAGAGGUUGAAGCAAGUAAGUCACAGACAAAGAGAAGAUGUCGGAGAAAAAGGGAAGGAAAGAGGAAGUGGUGACCAGAGAGUACACCAUCAACCUCCACAGACGCCUUCACAGCUGCACCUUUAAGAAGAAGGCACCAAAGGCCAUCAAGGAGAUCAGGAAGUUCGCCGAGAAAGCCAUGGGGACAAAGGACGUUAGAGUGGACGUGAAAUUGAACAAGCAAAUAUGGAGCAGAGGAAUCAGAGGUCCUCCAAGGAGGAUUAGGGUCCGUGUUGCGCGCAAGAGAAACGACGAUGAAGACGCAAAGGAAGAAUUUUUCUCACUCGUCACUGUUGCUGAAAUCCCUGCAGAAGGUCUCAGUGGACUUGGCACGAAGGUCAUUGAAGAGGAGGAUUGAGAAGGGACUAGUCUGUCACUAAGACAAGUUUUGGGGUUUUUCUUUUUUAAGUUUCUUUGUUGUUUUAAUCAAAAAGUCUCAGUCUUCUUCGUCUUUCUUGUAGUGCGACUUGAAUUGCCUGAUGCAGUUUAUUGGAACCCUUUAUCUUCUUGAAGACAUUAAGAUGAAUCUUGUUAUGCUCUUUA